AUGUCCACAUCGACCGUUAAAUCACUGCCUCGCAUUCUGGCAAACCAGGCCCGCUUCCAAGUGAGGUGUCUUCCAUCAUCGCGGAAGACGAUGGCCAUGAUGAGCCCAGCUACAAAGACUCGGACCGAGAAACGGGAAGGCGACAUAUCAGAUGCUUUUGCAUCCCUAGAGGGUGGUGUCGAAAUACCCUUGGAGCCUCGCUUCGCUGACUUAAAGAAGCGGUUGCUAGCCGGUAGGGAGGAUGUUAUUGUCGCGUCGUGGAACCGUUUACUUGAGCACCUGAGGGAUCAGGUUGCCACAAUCCAGCGGCACAGAUCAAAGCUGAUUCCGGAGAUUUCAUUCUCAGAUGUCAUGAAGGGCAAGGUUGGAGCUGAUUUUAGCGCUGCGUACAAGAAAUACGGUGUGUGCAUCAUCCGCGGUGUUGUUGACGAGCAGACUGCUCUAGAGUACAAACGAAGCAUUCUAGAGUAUGUCGCCAAAAAUCCACAUACCAAGGCAUUUCCGCAGCAUGAUCCUCAAGUAUUUGAGCUGUAUUGGAGCGAAGCCCAACUGCGUGCGAGAUCACACCCGAAUGUGAUAAGCGCGCAAUGUUUCCUCAUGAGCUUUUGGAACGCGUCACAAAGGGCUGAGAUUAGCCUUCGCCAUCCCAUUGCUUAUGCGGAUCGGCUCCGAAUACGGCAGCCUGGAGAUAGCUCCUUUGCACUUGGUCCACACAUGGAUGGUGGGAGCUUGGAGCGAUGGGAGGAAGGCGGCUAUGCUCUUGCGCAGACGUAUGACAAAAUAUUUGAAGGAAAAUGGGAGGAAUAUGAUCCUUGGAAUGCGGACAAACGUGUUGGCGCGGUGAUUGACUUGUAUGGAGGGGUUGGCAACUGCUCCGCCUUUCGUACGCAGCAAGCUUGGCUCAGCAUCUCUAAUAUCAAAGGCGGAGAAGGCCAUCUUAAGGUGAAUCCUCUCCAUGGCUUUGCGACAGCGUAUAUACUUCUCAGGCCCUUUUUUGAAUCGAAGCGUGGCGCCGAAGACGUUAGCGAAGACCAAUAUCUGUCACCUGAGAAUUGGAGAUUGGAACUCGAAACAUCGCCGAAGAUCCAAGGUGCAUCUCCUGGACACGGACAAUCUGUUCAUGCAAAGCUACAUCCUCAUUUACAGUUGCAACAUACUAUGGUUCAUGUUCCCGCAGUAGCCCCAGGAGAUUAUGUUGCAUGGCAUUGCGAUACAAUACAUGCGGUGGAUAGCGUUCAUAAUGGCUCUCAAGAUUCAAGCGUUCUCUACAUUCCCGCUUGUCCGUUAACAGAAACCAAUGCAAAUUAUCUCCUCAGACAGAGAGACUGCUUUCUAGCUGGCAAGCCGAGUCCUGACUUUGGUGGUGGUGAAGGCGAGAGCAGACAUGUUGAUAGACCCACGGUUGCACAGCUAAGUGAAUGGGGCGGUGAGCAAGGACUUCAGAGCAUGGGAUUAAAGAAAUGGAAUAGCCAAGAGCAAGGGUUGAGGGACGGGGAAAAGACAGUCAUGAAGAUUGCCAAUAGUGUCCUAGGAUUUCCAGCAUAA